UUUUUGCCAUGAGCUGUAACAAUGAUCUGGAAUCGCCAUUUAUUAAGACCAUAAACUGGAAUGUCUUGAUACUCAGGAAAGCGUGGCGAGCGGGCAUGGGAGCGGAAUCGCCCAAACUCCGAAACUGCAAAUAUUAAGAAGCCAACUCAGCUCAGCUUAGCUCAGAGUCCGGAGGAGAAACAAGAAGGCAACUCCAGAUUUAAUACGGACACUGGUGACAUCUACCGGCUCACUCUUCUUUACGAAUUCAUGCGCUUAUUCUUUCCUCUCCGGUGGCUGCUAUUGAAAGGCGGGCAGGCGCUUGGACACAGGUGCUUCGGACGCUGCGGCGGGCUUGGCGGCUGAGCAUCUCCCGGCCCCUCUCGCCAUGAAAAAGGCUGGCUUGGACAACCCGGCUUUCCAGACCUCCAACCCGGAUCUUCUCGACCCGCAACUCCCCUCGGUCUCCCCGAGUAUCUUGCAGUCGCAGAGUUUUGAUCCGGACGACCAACUCUGCGGGAUCGGCCGGUGCACCCCUCGCGCCCUGCAGGUCUGCAACAACGUCAAAGGCUAUUUGGUCUUCUACAGCCUCCUCUCCGUCUUCCAAGGGAUUAUUGUAAAUGGAUUGAUAAAUGUGAGCAUUUCUACCAUUGAGAAGCGUUAUGAUUUGAGCAGUUCCCUCACUGGCGUAAUCUCUGCUGGUUAUGACAUUUCAUUCUCCGUGUUAUGCCUUUUUAUAUCCUUCUAUGGUGAAAGAGGUCACAAACCAAGAUGGCUGGCUUUGUCCUCUUUUCUGAUCGCUUUAGGAGCAUUAGUAUUUUCUUUGCCACAUUUUACUUCUGAACCAUACACAUAUGGAGAAAAAGCAGAAGACAUCUGUCCAGUACCUCUUUCUGGAGGCCAAACCAUCUCCUGCCGCCCUGGCAGCAGAUCAAAACUUUCCAACUACUUCUACGUUUUCUUGCUGGGUCAGUUCCUCUUAGGAGCAGGUGGAACUCCUCUGUACACACUGGGCACAACUUUCAUCGAUGAUAGUGUCCCAAAGCACCAAGCUUCAGUCUAUAUAGGAAUUGGAUAUGCCAUGUCAUUGCUGGGUCCUGCCAUUGGCUAUGUUUUAGGAGGACAGUUGCUGAAUAUCUAUGUUGAUUUCAAUCGUAAUAUAAGUGUAGACCUCACUCCAGAAGAUCCACGCUGGGUUGGAGCUUGGUGGAUAGCCUUUGUGAUAUGCAGCUUCUCUACGUGCCUUUUAGUAGCACCAUUUUCAUAUUUCCCAAAGCAUUUGCCAGGUACAAGCAAAAUACGAGCAGAGAAGAUUUCUGAAGCACAUCAUAACGGAAAACAGAUGUGUGAAUAUACUGGGAAGAGUAUUAAGGACUUUCUUAUGAUUCUUUGGAUGCUGCUGAGGAAUCCCGUGUUGAUGUAUCUUGUAAUAGCAGCUGCGUUAGAAGCUUUAGUCGCUACUGGUUUUGCAACUUUCUUGCCUAAAUUUAUAGAAAAUCAGUUUGGAUUUACAUCUAGCUAUUCAGCUACCUUAGGAGGACUUGUCUUAAUCCCAGGAGCAGCACUUGGCCAAAUCAUUAGUGGUACCUUAGUUUCUAAGCUCCAAAUGAAUUGCAAAACUAUAAUCAAGUUUAUUAUUGUUACUUGUACUAUAGCACUGCUAUUAAACUUGGUGUUUGCAAUUGCUAAAUGUGGGAAUGAACCAUUUGCUGGUGUUUCUGAAACUUAUAAUGGGACAGGCAUGUUAUCAAACUUAACAGCACCCUGCAAUGCCCAUUGUAGAUGUUUGCGUUCAGAUUUUUUGCCCAUCUGUGGUGCAGAUGAAGUCCAGUAUUUUUCUCCAUGUUAUGCAGGAUGUACUGCUAUUGUUCCUCAGAAGCAUGGAACGAAGCACUACAGCAAUUGUUCCUGUGUUAUGAAUCCCAUAGUUGAAAUUCAGAAUACCUUCCACGGGGCCACUUCUGGAAAAUGUAAAUCUAAAUGCAAAGUCCUACCUUGGUUCCUUAGCUUCUUCUUUUUUGCGGUUGUUUUUACUUUUAUGGCAGUUACACCAACAACUGUGGCCAUUCUCAGAUGUGUGCCAGAAAAUCACAGAUCAUUUGCUUUGGGUGUUCAUAUGCUCUUUCUACGAAUAUUAGGCACUAUUCCUGGCCCAAUCCUUUUUGGUAUCUCAAUAGAUGAUUCUUGCACUCUCUGGUCUGUAGAUAAAUGUGGACGUAAAGGAGCAUGUUGGACCUAUAACAACAACAAAAUGGCAUAUUUGCUAUUUGGUAUAAGUGCAUGUUCCAAAGCAGUUUCUUUAAUUUUUACUAUCAUAGCAUGUGUGUUAUAUAAGCCUCCCCCAGAUAUUAUUGCAGAUUCGAAAACACAAGAUCAAACAAGCACUUCAGUACGUCUUUAAAUGAGGAACAACUAUUCUUUCAAGAGACAGUCAAAGAAAAAAUCUAAGUGAUGUCCAAUGGCAGCUGUAACUUCUGAGUACCAGCACUGGAGGACUCUGAGCAAGUCAUUUAAUUCUUUUUAAAAAAAUAAAUACACUUUUACUUUAAAUCCAUUUUACUUCAAGUGCACCUCAGUCACAUGAGACUUUUUUCUCUCUCAAGAGAAUAGUAUGAUUUUUGCAGCCAGCAACCAGUCCACACAAACAAGCAAAGCCUCAUCCAUGAGAUGCAGGCAGCACACAAAAUCACACACCCUCCAGUCCGUGGAAAAACCUCUCUCCACGGAACCAGUCCCUGGUGCCCAAAAUAUUGGGGACCUCUGGUGUAGAAUGUGUAAAUGUUUUAACCAAAAAGUCAUCUUUAGCAACUCAUUUAAUUGGUUGUAGGAAAAUAAAGAUUUCCAUGGGAUAUGAAAGUACUUUGAUAAGAAAUGGUGUCUUCAAUUUUGGCCUGUAAUGGGCAAGCUCAGUUUUUCAGUCUGAGUGCCACUAUCUUUACCUGUUAGGAUUGAGGACUCUGAGAAGAUUAUGGGCCAGGAUAAAAACAAAAUGAAAUAAAAUUAAAUCUGUUAACAGGAUUACUAAUCAAGUAGUUAAUAUUUUUUUCACAUUAAUACAUUUUAAAAUUAUGCUUUUGUGUAUUUUAUUUACUUUCCUAUUUCUACUCUGGUACGUACGCAAAGGCAGCUUUCAAAAUUAAUGUCCCCACCACAAAAUACCAGCUUGCCCAAGAUUAAAAACAUUUGCUAAAAUUAACCUUAGCUUGUGCACUUAAACCAUUGAACAAUUAAUUUUCUAAAUACUGAAAGAGUGGAGACCAGGUAUUAUUCCCAAGAAAAUACACUGUAUAAUGUGGGAACGACACAGAAGGGAGAUCCAAUUUUACAAGCUAUAAAAAUUGGUCUUUUAAAGCUCAUUUUCAGAAGAGCAGUCCUUCAGAUAGUGAGAUCCUAAGUUCUUUAGGAUUUGGGGGAUCAAUGCCAACACUUUGGGGUGUUGGAUUAGAAGACCCCCAAGGUCCCUUUCAAUUCUGUUAUUCUGUUACUUUAAAUUGUUUCUAGUAACAAACAACUGGCCCUGUACAGAUAUUUUGGUAUAGGUAUCAUAUAAAGCUUGAAGCAUAUACCAGAAUAGCUUAGUUGUCAGAGCUUUUUUGCUCCAAAUGCAAUUUCUGCAUAUUUUUCAGAGGUAGGCCCACAUUAAGUAUAUGGGGAUAGUCACGAUAGGAUAUAAUCAAGGCAUGGGUAGUCAUCAUUAAAUCUGACUGGUUCAAAACAAGUUCCAGCUGAUAUUUAGGUGUAAUUAUUCAGAAAUGCUAUUUACCUCAGCUACGAUGUAUGAAUCCAAUGAUAGCUGAGAAUCAAGGACCAUUCUCAAAUAGAAAACAAUUUUCCCCCCUAUGGGAAGUGAAUUCCAUCUGAAAGAUGCUGAAUCUCAACUCCCACGUAAAUUUUCCUACUUACCAACAAUAUCACCAUGUCCUCUUAAGUUUUAUUUCAGCAUAUUUUUCCUCAUCCAACUGUCUUGUAUUCUUGGAGUUGAGUGAGAUAGGUGAGGAUGUUUUAGGUUAAUCAGCAUGACACCUCUUCGAAAAUUUCACCUGAAUUUCUCCAAGAUAGAAUCCUGAGGAUUAUCAAAGAUUGUCAGCCCUGGUACUGAACAGUAGUCCCCCAACACUAGAUUCUGUUCAUGGCCUGAUAGUAUUAGAGCUAUUAUAAAGUGAUGCCUUCAUGGCCAGUUCUGCCAGGCAGCUAAAAGGAUAUCAGGAGAUCCAAGAACUCUGGCAGAGUUUAUACUGUUUUCUUUCAGCUUCUGACAUGAGUCAUCUACCAAGGGAACUAGUAUAGUUUCCUUAUUAUGACCAACUGAAAGACUAAUUCAUACAGAUGUAGAAAAUUAGUACCAUUCACAUUUGUCUGAAAUUGCAAGGCUGCUAUUUUCUUGAUCACCUUUCCUGAAACUAGAAUAUUUAAGAAUGAUCUAUAAUUGUACAGAUCUCUCAUGUCAAGGAAUGUUUUUAUUAAUAAAAGCAUUAUUACUUCCUCUUGCAAAGAGAUACAGAUCACUUCCUCUAAGGAUUGAUCCAUUUAAUCAAUCAAGAAGAAGUCAAGGAUUAUUAUGGUCAAUUUAAUCAUCUGGAGGUACAAAUAACAGAUUAAGCUAUUGCUAGGUUACAGCCCUAAGACUUGUACUAAAGCUGGUAUUAAAACUAAGACAGAUCUAAUCAACUCGACUCACUAAGAACAAUGGAAGUAGCCCACAUUGAGCCAGUUACUGUUCCACCACACUCAGCAAUUGAUACUGCAUUCACCAGCUCUAUUCAAAGUGGGUCUUGGGCCAUUUCCAAGGACUUGAUGGGCUGUGACUAAGACUUUCAGCACUGACAUAUUAAUUCAGCACUCAUAGCAUUUCAAGUAUUUCCUUGAUUCAUAAAUGCUAAGUGACAUUUUGGCCUAUAUUUAUAAGAAAUCUCUGGAUGCAGGUAUCAUGAGAGACCAUUGUUAUUUACAUUUAUGAAGCAUGGAGUACAUACUACACUGCUAUAGUGCUCAUCUAUUUGUUCUGUUUCAUACUGUUACCUGAGAAUUGUUUGGAUUGUCAGUAGCAAAUCAGCUAUUGGGAGUUCUAAUUGCAACAUGUAAGCAAGAUAAUAAAUCAGGGAAAGCAGCUAUAACUUAAUCAACCCCACUCUCUCUCUUCAUGUGUGUAAGUAUGUGUAUGUGUGUAUGUGACAAAAUGGUUUAUUACUUUAAAGAAAAUUUAUAAAAAGAAUUUCCUUUUCCAGUGCUCAAUGAAUACUAGUCACUGUAGUGUGAUAAGUGAUUUUGUAAUGGUUACAUAUGUUCUCAAUAUUUUUUUGAGAAUAUGGGUUUAUUAUAUUAACAGUUAACUCUGUGGAUAGUUUUGUAACAUCAUUGAAAAAUGAAAAGAUGGAGAAAGAAAACCAUCUAACCUCAUUUUAAGCCACUUAAAAUAUGUGGAAGUGCCUUCAAUAUUUGAACUUUGGGGUAUGUAGUUGGUGGCUGCUCCAGAUUCUUAAAUUUCAGAGAUUUGCAUUUGACUUCUGCAUAUAAAUGUGAUACUGUACUUUUCAAACUGCUUUGGAGCUCCCCCUUAUGAUUUAGAAAAGGUACUUUAUUUUGUUUCAAAAUUGUUCUUUUUAAAAUUGCUUACUUGAAAGCAGCAGACAGUUCAUUAUUAAUCUUGUUAUGCACAUUUUUCUAUAGAGACUAUUUUUGUCUGUGUUUUAAACAACUUUAUUUCAGAAUAUUUAAAUUUCAUAAAUGUACGGAAGUUUAGUUAUAAAUACAUAGAUAAUAAUUGAUUAAACUCACAUGCUGCCCAACUCUCAACUACUGUGAAUAGAAGGAAUACUGUAAUAUAUUUUGGCUUGCCUUACCCCAAUUUAUAUAUCAAUUUAGCCACUCUGCACAUUUGAUAAAUUGAGUUGCAGCCAAGAAAGCUUCUUCCUUUUAAUAAAAUGUUUUAGUUGGAAAAGGUGCUACCAAACUCCUGAUUUUUGUCACCAUAGCCCAAUAAAGGUUUCCUUUACAAAAUAAUCAGAUUGUAUUGCCAGAAAAUCAUCUGUGAAUAUGAAGACAUUCUGUCUUCCAUAGGAAACUUUUCUAGCUGCAGUCAAUAAGUUUCCAGGAUGCAACUCCUAGGCUUCUGCUGAAUGCCGGCAUGUAAGCAUGUCAGGAAUAUAUAUUUUUGAAACAAGACAUAAAAGGCAAUAUUUUAUGCAAAUAAUCUGAACUGACAGCAUUCAGUUGUGUCUAAAUACUUUUGCACAAUAUUUUAAAUGAAAGAGACAUUUAUUUUAGAUAAUUGUACAAUGUAAAUGAUUAUGAAAAUUUACUUUGUUCAGUGAGAACCUAUGUAAUUUAUUUAUAUUGAGUAAAGCACUUUUCAAAGUUGAUAUUACUGCA